AUGAAAUCAAAGGAGAUGGGGACAGCAACAUCAGUCAUGGUGGUGAUAAGAGCAUCUCGACCUUCAUUUCGGAAGCCGCAUGACAAAAUCGCUUUCGCCGUCCAUGCGUCUUUUCUCUCUUCCGGUUAUACACUCAUCGCCACCGGCACUUCCGCUUUCUCCCACCCAACAACACCACCCUCUUCAGAGCAAGGUGAGGUUGGAAUUGAUGGCUGGAAUGAACUUGAUGAUUGUUAUGGAUUCAUAUACACAAAGACAGAGAAAGGCACCAAGAUAUCAGUAUUGGUAAAAUGCUUGGUGAUCGGUGAUAAGCUCGUGAUUGACGCUUUACCGCUCGAGGAUGACCAAAAAGAACCGUAUAAACUACGAAUUAAAGUGAAAGAUUAUGUGUCAGAUGAAGGUAACAGGCCAACUAACUACAGCAAGAUGUAUAAGAAUUUCCCAGCGCUGGUUGAGAAAUUGCAAUCGGAUCUUCUGGAUAAAUUGGAGAAUAAUCUGAAGUCCAAGUGUUCAACUCCUUCAACUUCCAGGUGGGUAGCAACUCAAAAAGGUAAAGGAUUAGAUCGUAGCCCGAACCAACCUGGUGUGGGAGUUUUCCCCGAGGAUCGACCAUAUUCUUCAGGCAUCAAAUAUCCUCCUGUUUCUCUUCCUACUGUAAUCGAUGAUCUCCACCCAGGGCCGGGUGCCGGAUUUUAUCGUACCAGGGGUGGAUCUGGCUUUGGUGGGGGCAUGCUUAUGGGGCCUAAUGAUCCACGCUGGGGUGGAAUAGGUGGAGAACAGCCUGGUGGCGGUCUUGAUCCUGGUAUUCCGCCAGGCAGUCACUUCGAUCCCUAUGGUCCUCCCGGUGUCCCUGGAUUUGAGCCUAGCCGCUUUGUCAGGAAUCCUCGGUGUCCUGGGGGAGGAACUCAUCUGGACUUGGAACACUUUGGCAGCUCAGAUUUAUUUAGAUGUACUGCUUUUUCACCUAACAUGCACCCUAGACGUUUGUAA